AACAAGUGAAAGAAGUCUCUUGUUUCCUCUUCUUUGUUUGCUCCUACAUUCAAAUGGCGGAUCUUACCCAAAUCCAAAAACCUCCUCGGAUUGUCUUCCUCGUAAUUCGCCUUGGCGACGGCGGCGCCUGCCCCGGCUUCGAAGGCUUCCAUUGAAGCCAUGCCGAGGAUAAAAGUGAAAGAGAGUGGCAAAGAUUGCAGUAUUUGUUUGGAAGAGUUUAAAGUUGAUGAAGAAGCUAGGGAGACCCCAUGCAAGCACGUGUUUCAUUCGGGUUGUGUUGAAAAGUGGCUCCGGAUACACGGGUCAUGCCCGGUUUGUAGGUUUUUGAUGCCCGCUGAGGAGGAGGAAAGCGGAGGCGAUCGCAGUGGCGGUGAUCGUGGUCAGGAAAGUUUGGAAGGCGGGGAGAUUGGUUCAGGAUUUGUACGGUCGGUUUUAGCUUUUACUAGUUUGAUGGCUAUGGCGGGUUUGCAUGUGGGUUCGGAUCAAGUUGAUGAGGAUGACUGUUCAGCUCAAGACAUGGAUGGCAACUGAAACAAAUCAGCUUGCUUUUGUUAUUUUCUUUUUAAAACGAAUGUAUUUUUUCAUUUUUACCCCUUGAAGAUGGGGACUAUAAUGUACAAAGAAUUAGAGAU